GGAAAAGCCCGAUAGCAUACUGUCUGCUUAGAAUGGCUCAGUUACGUUUUGACUAUUCCCUCGUCAGUGUCUUUGAGUUCUGACGUACCUACCUUUGUUUGCUUCUAGAUGACUGCGAUAGUGCCACUGAUUGUAACCUUCUGUGUGGCGGCCUCAACAAGCUUGACUGUGGGUGAGUUCAAAGCUCGUCCCAUUCCUGAGUAUGUCAAGCACUUGAAAGGACAAGACCUUGUCGACUACAUCAACAAUAACCAGCCAUUCUAUAAGGCAAAACUUCCUAAAAUGUCAAUGGAGCAAUUUAAAUCUCGUUUGAUGGAUGUCAAAUAUUUGAAGCAACGGAAGGAAACGGGGAGAGCUAAGCACCUUGUUGUAAAUGAAGAAAUCCCAGAAAAGUUUGAUGCUCGAGAAAAGUGGCCAAAUUGUAAAUCCAUAAGUCUUAUCCGGGACCAAGCAAAUUGCGGGUCUUGUUGGGCUGUAUCUGCAGCUUCUGUUAUGUCUGAUAGAAUUUGCACACAAACAAAUGGCAAAAACAAUACAAUCGCCUCCGACACUGAUAUCCUUGCAUGCUGCGGUGAAUACUGCGGUGAGGGGUAAGUAAAACUGCUG